AGACCCGUAAGUGGGCGGGCCCGACGGGGGCGUGGUCAAGGAUGGGCUCCCCCAAACGUUGGCCCCGGCGGCCAUGAUGAGGCCCCGCCUUUGCGCUCCAGCUGCCCCCCCUUUCCCUGCCGCCGUGAUUCCGAGAGAAAAACUCUCCUGGGACGAGGAAUUUGAUCGGGGUGAGCAUAUCACAGAGUGGCAAUCACGCUGAGAAGAAUGGCAUUGAAACAGAUUUCCAGUAACAAGUGCUUUGGAGGAUUGCAGAAAGUUUUUGAACAUGACAGUGUUGAACUGAACUGCAAAAUGAAAUUCGCGAUCUACUUACCACCCAAGGCAGAAACUGGAAAAUGCCCUGCGCUGUAUUGGCUAUCUGGUUUAACUUGCACGGAACAAAAUUUCAUAUCAAAGUCUGGUUAUCAUCAAGCUGCCUCAGAACAUGGCCUUGUCGUCAUUGCUCCAGAUACCAGCCCUCGUGGCUGCAAUAUUAAAGGAGAAGAUGAGAGCUGGGACUUUGGCACUGGUGCUGGGUUUUAUGUGGAUGCCACUGAAGAUCCUUGGAAAACUAACUACAGAAUGUAUUCUUAUGUAACCGAGGAGCUUCCCAAACUCAUAAAUGCCAAUUUUCCAGUGGACCCCCAAAGGAUGUCUAUUUUUGGCCACUCCAUGGGAGGCCACGGAGCUCUGAUAUGUGCUCUGAAGAAUCCUGGAAAGUACAAAUCUGUGUCAGCAUUUGCUCCAAUUUGCAACCCCGUGCUCUGUCCUUGGGGCAAAAAAGCCUUCAGUGGAUAUUUGGGAACAGAUCAAAAUAAAUGGAAGGCUUAUGAUGCUACCCAUCUUGUGAAGUCCUACCCAGGUUCUCAGCUGGACAUACUAAUCGAUCAAGGAAAAGAUGACCAGUUCCUUUCAGAUGGACAGUUACUACCUGAUAACUUCAUUGCUGCCUGUACAGAAAAGAAAGUCCCUGUUGUUUUUAGAUUACAAGAGGGUUAUGAUCAUAGCUACUACUUCAUUGCAACCUUUAUUACUGAUCACAUCAGACAUCAUGCAAAAUACCUGAAUGCAUGAAAAACUUCAGAUAAGAAAAUUUGUUCAGGAUUAUAAAAUUGUAGUAAACAGAAUUGCUGGGAAAAAUGAUUUUAAUGCAUUGGAUUUCAUAGUGCUAAAAAUCAUCAUUCCAUAGUUGAAUCACUUUCUGAAUGAAUAUAUAAAACCUGCUUUUGAUUUAAAAGUUAUUUUGCCAAUGUUGGGAAAUAUUUAAUACAUUACAGCUUUCUCAAGGUCAUUUGGAAAUCAUUGUAUUAACCUCAGGCCACAGAAUAUGAAUAUAAUUGCAUUUAAAUCAUAGAAUGUUAACUCAGGAAUUGGUUUAAGAGGUAAUUUAGCCUAAACCCCUCACUUUUCCAGACUUUAAGUCUGUGAAGGCAUGGACUGUCUUCAUUAUGUUUAUUGUUCUGUCUCUAGUAUCUGCCAACCACUUGGCUUCUAGGAGGCAUUUAGUAACUAUUUGUUGAGUAAGGAAUGAGGCUCAGAAAGAUUAAGUAAAUUCUCCAUCAUUACACAGUUAUUUGUGGGACAGCUAAGAUUAGAAGCCAGAUUUCAUAAACCCAAUCCAAUGAGACUUCUUUUCUUAUCUAUUAAGCCAAACAGAUUUGUGGACAUUGGUUUCUGGGAUUUCUCAAGAGAUGAGAAUUAAAUAAUAAGACUCAAUCUGAAAAUAGCUCUAUGUAAGGAAAGUUGCUUCGUAUGUUUCUGUAAACAGAUAUUUUCCUGUAGUUACAUGCAGAAAUUUAGCUUGGUGAGCUCACCAAGAAAAGUAAUCAGUCUCUUUGUAAAUACCAAAUUGUGUUCCUUUUACGAACUUAAUAUGAAUAAACUCAUUUUGAAACAUGA